UUCAUGAACCACCGAGUCCCUGCCCACAAGAGGUACCAGCCCACGGAGUAUGAACAUGCGGCCAACUGUGCCACCCAUGCUCCGUUGAAGCCCUCACUGCCCUGUAUUGUGCCUGGCUGGAACGCACCCGUCCGUCGCCUAUUCAAUCAGCAAACAGUCCCUGGAUACCCUUGAUGUACCAGGCACUGCUCCAGGCCCUGGUGAUGCAGAUCAUCCUCGGCAGCUCCAACCUCUACUUCCUGUCGGACGAUGACUGGGAAACCAUUUCUGCCUGGAUCUACGGCCUUGGCCUCUGUGGGCUCUUUGUGGUGUCCACCAUGUUCCACACCGUCUCCUGGAAGAAGAGCCACCUCAGGAUGGUGGAGCAUUGUCUGCACAUGUUCGACCGGAUGGUCAUCUACUUCUUCAUCGCAGCCUCCUACGCGCCCUGGCUGAACCUUCGGGAGCUGGGCCCCUGGGCCUCCCACAUGCGCUGGCUGGUCUGGAUCAUGGCCUCUGUUGGCACUAUCUAUGUCUUCUUCUUCCAUGAGCGGUACAAACUUGUGGAGCUGCUGUGCUACGUCGUGAUGGGCUUUUUCCCCGCUCUGGUCAUACUUUCGAUGGUGAGUGUUCCACCUGCCCAGGGUGGUGCCUCACCCUGGCUGGAGGGAACAGACAGUGCCUGAGCUGGACCUGACUGU